UCACAAUGCAAUGAACCCCUCACAUAUUCCAGUUAUGUGAUUCCCAGCUCCAUAACAGGGAUGGGAGGGGGAAGAAGGCAGCUUUUCCACACACAACUAUCCCAGAUUUGGAAAUCUGACGUUCAUAGCCCUACUCGUGCACGGAUGGAGGGAAAAAAAAGUGGGUGUACACACUAGUUGUGCUGUGUGGCUCUACAGUGCUUCAGUUCAGAUGAGCUCACCCAGCCGAUGCGCACAUCGUAGGACCCUACCAAUGUGAGAAGGCGCAAGGACGGCGAGGCGAGGAGCAGCCUGGUAUAGUCACUGGGAAGAGUGGAUGUUUUUGUGCAAAGGCUGCCGAGCUUUUUUUUUUUUUUUUCUUUAACAGACAAAGUAAAUAGAGUGAAGCGCAAAGGAUUGUGCGUAAUUUUGCUUAUCGCUGGAAAGAUUCAGUGGAUUUGUAGGUUGCCUGGAUGGAUGUGAAUCCACUCUUGUAUCGCCGACUGGACUGGACUUCGGGCUGAGCGGCUGGUGUGGAGAAAGCCCACUUUAAAACAUACUGCUAUUCAUUUUCUUUUCUUUUCUUUUCCCCCCCCUCUCUUCAUAAAAUGCCAGGAUUUCGUCCAUCAUACUCUGACCAGUUCAAGCCAGGCUGCUCAUUUGGAAGGACGCCAGACCUCCAGCCUCUCAAAUCUGCAAGUUCAGUCCAAUAAAUUGUGACAUUGUCUGUCAGCUUUGGAAUAAGAAAUCGAUACUCAAGAAAAGGGACGCGAUAUUCUUCCGGAAUUUUAAACGAUCUGUUUUCCCCGCUGUCCUUAUAAAUAUGCGAUUUGGUUGGAUUAGGUUGGUUUGGUCCAGCUUCACGCUUUUGUAGCUGGAGCACUGAUAGUGACUGAUUAUUGCCGUUGAUUUUUGUCAAUGCAAGACUCGGGGUGGAAACAUGUCUGGCCACUUCUUUGAGAGGAUCACUGCUAUCAGAGAUGGCAUUUUGGUCCAGCACUUCGGUUUUCACCUCUAAAGUGCCCCGGAAAAUCUUAUUCAUGUUCACCCUCUCCCUCUCUGUCACCUACUUGUUCUAUAGCUUGAUGAGCUGCUACAACUCGCUGCAGUUCCCCCUGCAAGAGAACUACGUGUAUCAAGGGAGGUUGGUGACAGAGGAGACAACUUUUGUGACAUUGAGGGAGAAACUUUAUUCCGCUUCCCAGGGCUUUACCGAAUUCACCGAGGCCGAGAGAACCACCGCAUUCUCCACCGUAAAGGAUCAUGCUGAGGCCGAACAAAGGACGGUGGAGUGGAUUAGGACUCAGGCGUCUCCAACUAAAUCGGCGGCGACGACGGCGGCGGCGGCGUAUCACACCACCGCGCUGGAGAGGGAGCACCAGGAAUUCAGCACCACGGACAGCGAACUCAGGAUGAACUGCACCUCGGAUUACGGAGAGAAGAAACUUCCUCAAGCCAUCAUCAUCGGGGUGAAGAAAGGGGGGACCAGAGCCCUGCUGGAGGCUCUCAGGGUGCACCCGGACGUCAGAGCCGUUGGAAAUGAGCCACAUUUCUUUGACAGGAACUACGAGAAGGGGCUGGACUGGUACAGAGACUUGAUGCCUUCGACGCUGGAGGGGCAGAUCACCAUGGAGAAGACACCCAGCUACUUUGUGACUAACCAUGCCCCAAAGCGCAUCCACUCCAUGGCCAGGGACAUCAAGCUUAUUAUUGUGGUGCGUAAUCCUGUCACUAGAGCCAUUUCAGACUACACACAGACUUUGUCCAAGAAACCUGAGAUUCCCACUUUUGAGGUUCUGGCCUUUAAGAACCGGACGCUGGGUCUAAUAGACGCCUCAUGGAGCGCUUUGCGUAUAGGAAUAUAUGCACUGCACUUGGAGAGCUGGAUGCAGUAUUUCCCUCUCUCCCAAAUGCACUUUGUCAGCGGGGAGAGACUCAUUGUGGAUCCCGCCGGCGAGAUGGCCAAAGUGCAGGACUUCCUGGGCCUGAAGCGGAUCGUCACAGACAAACACUUUUACUUCAAUAAAACUAAAGGAUUUCCGUGUCUGAAGAAGCCCGAGGACAGCAGCACUCCCAGAUGCCUCGGCAAGUCGAAAGGGAGAACUCACCCCAAAAUUGACGCGGACGUGAUUCGGCGGCUGCACAAGUUCUACAAACCCUUUAACAUGAUGUUCUACCAAAUGACCGGCCAGAACUUUGAAUGGGAGCUGGAGGAUGACAGCGAAUCUCGCGGCUCUCAGGACUAGAAAGACUGCGGGAUGGCACGGCGCAGCCCCCACCACCAGCCUUCUCACUAAAACUACUAUCGUCUCGCUUCGUCUUCAGAGAGAGUGCUUGAGCACGCCAAUCAGUCAUGGCUGUCUUUGCAGUGUCUGUAUCCAUUAGCAAGAGUUUACUGACAUGCUUUUUCUCUCCCUUCAAUACUAAUGUUGUUGAUGAUGGCAAAUCAUUAUUGUAUAUACUAAACAUAAAAUAUAUUUAUAUUUGUGAAAAGGAGAUGAUUUAUUCCUUUUGUUUUUAAAGCAUAGUGCUGAUACGAAAAUCACGUUGACUAUGGCAAUGCAUGCGAUGAGUUAAGUGUCCUUACCUCAUGAGCCCUAAGGGUAAACUCUGCCUGUUUCUUCUCCCUUUACUUUCCUGCAGUUUGUUGCCCUCACACCCACUCACCAGCAUUCAGUACAAAGAGAUAUUCUAUUUCAAUGGCUAAAGGCCAUGAAGUGCUCUGUAUUAUUUGUUUCAACACCCUCCUGCUGCUUUAGAAGAGAGAGAAAAAUGAUAGACAUAUAGUACAAUAAUUCCUCGACAUGUGCUCAUCUUUUCGAUUAUCCAUAUUCUGAAUGGCGAUAAUCCAUUUUUUGUGUGCGUGUGUGCGUCAGUCUAAGUUUACCAAAGUGUUAAUUUACUCAGUGUCAGUGUUCUGGUUGCUCUGCACUCAUUAAUUGCACACAUAUUCAAUAAGAGAACUGAUGUACAGUGGCCAUCAUUCAAUAAUUGGAUUGUUUCACUGCAUAGUUGAACAUUAGCAUACUGAUGACCAUGCACUCAGAUGUGGUGCAGUAUCAGUAGUUUUUGGCAGCAUAAUUCGACAAGUGAAUCCAUGUACUACAAACACCAAGGGUUCGCUAUGCAUCUUGACAAAUAAAAACAAAAACAAACUUAUUUCCUGUUACCAAAACUCUUCCGGUGCUCGACUGUUUGCCUCGUGACCCUCCUCUUGUCAAAGUAAUGCAUGUCAAUGAGGGUGAAGAACAACAGCGGAGGACCGAGCAGAGGUUUGUUAACAAACAUCUGCUGUAACGCGGUCUUCUGUCGUUAGAGAUUAAUGGCGUGUUAAAUAAACCGCUGCUGCUGCUGGAGCAAUGUCAAUGUCAGAGAGAAUUUGCUGUCACCGGAAAAGCUACAUACAUGCCCAGGUAAACUACCAAGCCAUUACUGUAUGUACUUAACUUGAAUGAGAUUAUGUCUGCUUGGGAAAUGUGCUGUAAGUAGAGGUUUACUACCAAACACUUGUGAUCAGCGGGACUAACUGGGCGGAUGCAUUGUGAUGAAAAUAACAGGGUUUUGCUGUGAAAUGCUCCUUUACUCAUGCAAUGAAAUAACAUGAUCCGUCAUUUAUUCUUUAUUUUUUGGGGGUUAUGCAUAACUCGCUGUGCGUCUGUCUGUUGUCUCUGGACUUUUCAUCAAUUGAGACAAUCAAUACAGUCAAUGAGUCAAUAAAUACAGUCUGCUACACAUCACUGGUUGCUACAGCUAUGAUGCAUUGCUCUGUUAAUCCUCCCUGUUCUCUGGCCAUGGAUGGCUGGAUUGGUUCACUCUCUGCAGACCUCUCUGUCACCCUGGGGAGGCCAGCACCAGCAGCUACUUACACAGAGCAAUUGAUUCAAUCAAAGUAAGCACUAUACUGCCCUUUGUAGCGCCAAGCCUGAACACUUACCUCAGAGUCUCACUAUCCCAGAGUCACAACUUCCACUUUGAGGCUUUUCUGUGCAGCCAUCCCUUGGUGUUUUCUUGACAAUCUCUCUGUCUCUCUGCACUUUUACCCGCUCUGCCUCUCCCUUGCUUUCUUGCUCUCUCUACACACACACGCGCACAUCAUCCUCUGAGCCGAUAUGUUGUGGUGGGA